AUGUCAGAGAUGCUGCAAACAGUGUUUGUUGUUGCUAGCCCGUAUGCCACGGAUUCUGGGUAUCAUGAGGGCGGUUGGACCGACAAUUCCAGGCUAAUGGGUGAAGCAUGUACAGCCUGCCAGCAGAGGUGUAGCUAUGUUAAAAAACAGGCUCAAGUUCCACUCUCUUCCGACAAAUCUGAAUCAGACUCUGGCGACAAAUCAGACUCAGACGCUGCCAGCGAAUCUGAAUCAGAGUCUCAAUCUUUUGACUCCUCUGACAAAGUUACCGCUUUGGAUGAAAAGCCAUCUGACUGGGUCGAUAAGCCGCUGGAUAAGAAGAAACAGGUAAGACUUGAGGCAAAGUUGUUGGGUGUCAAGCAGUGUCUGGCCCAAAUGGAGGAGAUGCACCGCGAGAUUGAGAAAGUCUGCAGAGUAUUGGAGCAAGUUUUGAACAGUCUCGACAGAUGCCUCGCGGGCUAG